CUUCUACACACUUCGCCGUCAACGUCGCCGUCGCCGCAGCACCUCACGCCGCUUGCCCGUGCCCUCGUGCCCGCCCGCCCGCACCACCCCGCUGCUGCCCGCCGCUGCCGGCGCACUCGCCGCGCCGCCGCCGCCGCUGCUGCUGCCCACCUCCACCGCGACGACGCGUCACAACUCCUCGUCCUCCAUCGCACCACCACCCAACCACCCCCGCCCCCACGAUGCCCGGCUACGCAGGCUACGUCCCGCUCAACGCCGAGGGCGUGCGCAACGUCACGCAGAGCCUGCGGCUGCGUCUCCGGCCGUUACAGGUGCUGAUCCUCGCGGUCGUGUUCACCGUAAUCGGGCUGCCGCUGCUCAUUGGCGCCGAGCGGCGCGCAGCAGUAACAGACUACAUCUCGACGCAUAGCGGGCUCGGCGGGUUCCGCCCGAGCGUGCUCCACAGACCGGACCACGAGCUCUCGGCGCACAUCCCCCCGCCGACGGGCGGCGUCGACCCCGACGAGGUGCCGCUCACGCUCGAGGCCCGCCUCGAGUGGUUCGUCAACCGCCCCGUGCUCGAGCAGUGGGAGGCCGAGCUGCCCUCCCGCAACCAGUGCCCCAUGUACACGUACGCGCGCAACACGUACUUCUUCCACACACAGGACGACCGCAUCGAGAAGUGGAAGCAGGUGUCCAAGGACACGAUCCGCCGCCAACGCCAAAAGGUCCUCGACUACUUCCGCCAGCUCGACCGCGAGGGCCAGAAGAUGGUCUGGACGCCGGCGCUGGAGAAGAACACGCCGAAGGACCAGCGCAGGGGUGUGAUUUACACCGGUGGUGACAGUGCCAAGAACCUCGCCCGCCUCAAGCUCUCUCUCCACAUGCUCCGCAACGUUGUCAACUGCGCCCUCCCGGUCGAGGUGCACCACUACGAGCGCGAGAUGAAGGACCAGGCGAUCCGAUACGAGCUCGAGCACAAGUACAAUGUGACCCUCGUGCAGAGCAAAGCCGUGUUUACGGACGGGAAGCCAUGGCAGAUCAAGAACCGCGCGUUCGUCGACACCAAGUUUACCCAGUUUGUGUACAUGGACAGUGACAACCUCCCCCUGCAGGACCCCGAGGAGCACUUUGACUCUGUCGAGUUCAAGCAGAGCGGCAGUGUCUUCUGGGGCGACCUGAACAAGGACCACCCCGACAACGCCAUCUAUCGCUUCCUUGGCCGCCCCUGCAGCGACGAGCACUGGCCUGCCGAGUCGGGUCAGGUCGUCUAUGACAAGUCUGCCAACGAGGGCCUCAACCUCGCCGUCCUCCACCUGUCCAACCACAUGAUGGACGACAAGGACUUUUACGGCAACCUGGCGUAUGGCGACAAGGACACGUACCGCUUCUCGUUCUACGCCCUUGGCCUCGACUACCAGCAGGCGCCGCGCAUGUUUGCCAGCGCUGGCGGGUACCAGGACCGCAAUGGUCAGGACCAGAAGGAGUUUUGCGGUCACUCGCUCAUGCACUGGGGCCUCACGCCGGAGCGGUACAAGUUUGACCAGGCGUACCACCCCAAGCCUGCCUUCCUGCACACCAUCCUCGGCAAGGUGCGGUACGGCCUCAACCCGGAGAAGGUGUUUUCGCACUUCAAGCGCCCGCGCGAGGACUUUAUCAACGACAAGCGGCUCGUGCGUACCGACUACCAGUACACGGGCGAGUGCUUUGACAUUACGCUCAAGGGCCCCGACGGCAUGCCCGACUCGCCAAACAGCUACGGAGACGGCCAGGGCACGCUCAUUCCAGAGAUGAAGGAGGGGCUCGACCCCAAGAUCUGGGCGGGGCUUCACGCCAUGGCGAAGGACUUCGUCGAGCUCAACAUUCCCGGGACUUAGAGAGAGUAGUAGGACUUCAUCAUAUGCAUCGGUGCACCAGGCA